AUGACGUCGACGCCGAAUCGUCGCCGAUCGAACGCGACCGCGACUCGCGCGUCCGCCGAUCCCGCGGGGUCCGACGCGCCGUACGCGCCGUGGCGGGACCCUACCCGCCUCGGCCUCCUCGCGCUCUGGCUCGGCCUCGGCUCGGUCGCCGCGUUGGUCGCCCCGAAGGGCACCACGGAUUUCGACGCGGGGCUCGUCACCACCCUCGUCUCGGCGCCCUUCUCGGGCGCGGUCAACCCCAUCUUCGAGGCUCUGUUCAACUCCUUGGGCGUCGUGCCCGCGGUGUACGCCGCGCUGCUCCUUCCGGGAGCGAAGGACCAGCCGAGGAUCCCGACGGUGCCGCCCCUCGCCGCAUCCUUCGCCCUCGGCUUCUUCGCGCUCGGGCCGUACCUCAUCGCGAGAGAGCCGAGGACGGAACCGGUGCCUCGAUCCUCCCUCGGCUGGGCGACGCGGACCAUCUUCGAGUCCAAAGUAUUCGCGGCGUUCAACGCCGCCUUCGCCGCCUUCCUCAUCGCGUACGGCGCCGCCAACUUCACGAGCGACGCCGCGGAAGCCUUCGUCGCCAUGUGGCGGGAUCAAUCGGCGCUCGCGUGCGUCUCGAGCUGCGAUCUGACGGUGCUGUCGAUCGCCAUGUACGGGGCUUUGGCCGAGGACAUGCGAAGGAGGGGGUGCUACGACGGCGCGAAAGCGGCGGCGUUCUGCGCGGUGCCGGUGCUCGGGCCGUGCGUGUACCUGCUGACCAGGCCGUCGCUGCCGGAGUGA